AUGACUCUCCCCGAUUUCAUGGUCGAUCCGGACGCCGUCCUGAAGGAUGUCGACGUCGAGUGGCGUAACAAGCGCGCGCCGGAUUACAAGAAGGUGAAUCAGGCGUGGGUUGAUGAGCGGAGUGUUGUUCACGAAGAGGGUUCUCUCCCCUGGCUCGUGCAGAACCUCGUCAAAAACUGGGAAAAAGAAGUCUCGUACAAGUCCAACCCCGCGCAAUGGCGCACGGUCGACCUCACCUCGUUCACGUUCCAGACCAACGGCGGGCCCGUGAUGGACCUGGCCGCGUUCUCCCAAACGGGGUCCUACAACGCCCUCAUCGGCGAAUCCGAACUCUACUCGUCGACCCACUCCGACUUCAUCGAGUCCCACAAGACAUUCAAGCGCGCGCUCCGCACGUUCAGUUGGGAGGUGUUGGAGGUCUACUCCGGGCCCCCCGUCGUUGCGUUCAAGUGGCGCCACUGGGGGACGAGUGUCGGGAAAUUCAAAUCCAUCACCCGCGAUGGCCGGAAGAUCGAGGCGGACCCGGUGAAUAAGGUGGUUGCGGUCUUUGGGGUCACUGUGGCGGAGGUGACGGAGGAUUUCAGAAUCAAGCGGUUGGAGACGUUCUAUGACCCUAGUGAACUGAUUGCGCAGUUGACGAGGGAGUAUAGGAAGGCGUUGAAGGAGGCGACGGAGGCGAUGGCGAAGUGUCCGUUCUUUAAUGGGGCGAAGACUGAACAGUAA